AUGAGCAAUCCAAACCAAAAUCUUGGAGUCCAGAAUUUUCAAAUGGGAGGAGGAACUCAACAGAUUGAGCAUGAUUAUGAUGAGCCAACAAUUCCAGUGGAUUGUUGGAAUGAAUCACAGGAAGACUAUAAGAUUGGAGGUUACCAUCCUGUUUCAGUUGGAGAGGUUUACAAUGGUAGAUAUUUGAUAGUUUCAAAGUUGGGAUGGGGCCAUUUUUCAACUGUAUGGUUAGCAAUUGAUACCUUAAGCAAACCAAUUACUUACUUUGCUUUGAAGUUCCAAAAAGGAGCCCAAGAGUACCGACAGGCUGCAUAUGAUGAGAUGGAAAUUUUGACGGCUACUAAGAAUCAUAUUAGCGGAGAAGAGUGGAGAGAGUCUUUAAAUAGGCAUUUAGAAAGCUGCCUAGAGAAUUUCACUCGUCCUAUUUCAAAGAACUUUAAUGGUGUUGUUGGUUUUAUUGAUUACUUUGAGGUUUCUGGCCCAAAUGGUCAGCAUGUAUGCAUGGUAUUUGAGGUCUUGGGGCCAAAUAUACUGCAAUUAAUAAGCCUGUAUGAUUACAAAGGAGUUCCAAUUGAUAUUGUCAGGAAGAUUGCUGCUCAUUCCCUGAUUGGCUUAGACUAUUUACAUCGUAUUUGUGGAGUAAUUCACACUGAUAUUAAACCCGAAAAUAUUGUUGUUUCAAGCUCUCCCAUUCCGAUGGUUGACUUUAAGAUUAUCAUGGCUGAGGACCAGGUUGAACCUGAUCUUUCAGAGAUAAAGAAAAUAGAUAAUUAUGCUCAAGAUGGUUCCAAUUCAGAUGAAAAUCUUAAAGAUGUUACUGCAACAACUGAAAUGGCUACUUCAGUAGUUGUUGAAUCCAUUACUACUAAUAGUAAUGACUCAAAGAAUGGAAAUUUAGACCAAUAUCACGGUUUAAAUGCUAAAGAAAGACGUAGGUUGAAAAGGAAGAAUCAAAGAAAAAAUAAGCAAAAGUUGAGUUCUCAGGUUACAGAGUCCAGUAAUGCUGAAGACGCCGUUGAAGGUAUGUCUGAGGAGAUCAGCAACACUGAGGUGGGUAUGAAAGGGAAAAGAUUGUUUACCCCUCCAUUUUUAAAGCUUCAUCUAAAACCAAUGCCUUCUGACCCAACUCAUUCAAGUUAUUAUCAAAUCAACUUUAAUUCAAAGAAGGCAGAAAAGAGCAGUAUCGAACAAAGCAAAUUAGAGAAUUUCAGCUUUAAUUCAAAUAUGAAUAAUUUGAACCAGUUUCCAUUGAUUAAACCACCAUAUCAUCACCAUUUAUACGAGGUUUACCAUCCUCAACAAUAUAUUGCAGCUGAUGAACAAAGAUACACUCAUUUACUUCCUCUUACUCAAUGGAAUAAAAGUUAUGUUUGUGACUCAGAGCUCACAUCACAAAAUAAUGGUAAAUUUUCUGGUGACUCUAAGGAAAAUUCUAGGAAUGUUCGUUUUGAGGUAAAUGAAGAAAAACUAAUUGAGGUUUCUAAUUUUAUUAAACAUAUUAGUACAAAUUCCAAUACAUUUGUUAGAAGUGAAGCGGAAUAUUUCAUAGUAGAUCUUGGAAAUGCUUGCUGGAUGAAUAAGCAUUUCAGUCAAGAUAUUCAGACUAGACAGUAUAGAAGUCCUGAAGUUAUUGUGGGGGCAGGGUACGACUGGUCUGCCGAUAUCUGGAGUUUAGGAUGCACGAUCUUUGAGCUUUUAACUGGAGACCUUCUUUUUACUCCUAAGGCAACAGAAGAUUUUAGUAGCGAUGAUGAUCAUCUUGCUCAGAUGAUUGAGUUGCUUGGGGAAUUUCCAAAAUCUUUGAUCAAAUCGGGAAAGCAUUCUAAAAGAUUUUUUAAUAAAAACAACAAAUUACACAAGAUUUCAAAACUCCAGUAUUGGGAUCUUAAGUCAGUUCUUAUCCAUAAAUACUGUAUCAACAAAUUUGAAGCACACAACUUCUCUUCUUUCCUACAUUCAUUUUUGGCUCUUGACCCUAGAAUGAGACCAGGAGCUCAGACUUUACUUGACCAUCCAUGGCUUCGUCUUAGAGGUGUAAGUUCUGAUUAUUUGGAGAACAUGUUAACUCGAAUUGAAAGACCUCUAACUUUAAUGGAUGAAGAGAACAUCUCUAGAGAUUUACAAUCUCUUUCAAUUUCUGAGAAUGAUCAAGGGGAUUACAAAAAUCUAUCUAUUAAACAGGAACUAUCCGAGUGGUUUAACCAGUUUAAGAAAACCCUUGAUUCAUGA